UGUAGAGUGGAGCGAAGGUGUGUUUCUUAUCCUUAGUGAAAAGGCAUGGAGGUUGUUGUUUCGCAGCCUCUGUGCACCAUUCUAACCGCCACGCCCAAACACGCCCUUCUCGUUCCUUCGAAGCAUUUUCCCUUCUUAUCUUUCCGCGCCACCACUCUCUCCUCUCCUUUGCGGCUUUCUCCGCCACCUGUUUUGUUCGCCACACCGGAGAACAACCAAUUGAGCAUUGGGGAAGGAGAGGACACCGAUGCCAGUGAUUGGGCACUGCAAGAUUUUUAUUCCCUGAGGAGAGAUGUUGAAAUUAUGUCACAGCGUGUUGAAGAGAUUAGAGCCUCUUCUGGUCUACAGCUAUUGGAGCAAGAACUUGCCAAUUUGGAGGAGCAAGCAGCUGAUAGCUCCUUUUGGGAUAAUCGGGCUAAAGCUCAAGAGACUCUUUCGACCUUGGCUGAUGUCAAAGAUAAGAUAAAAUUACUCAAUGAGUUCAAAACCCAGGUUGAGGAUGCAGAAACAAUAGUUAAGCUGACUGAGGAAAUGGAAUCCAUUGAUAGAGGGCUUUUUGAGGAGGCUGCCAAUCUUAUUAAAGAACUGAAUAAAUCAAUAGAUCGAUAUGAGUUAACUCAACUUCUCUCUGGUCCUUACGAUAAAGAAGGUGCUGUUAUCACUAUUACAGCUGGUGCUGGUGGUACUGAUGCCCAGGAUUGGGCUGACAUGCUUCUUAGGAUGUAUAUAAGAUGGGGUGAGAAACAGAGAUACAAGACCAGAGUGGUUGAGAAAUCCCCCGGAGAAGAAGCUGGAAUUAAAUCUGCCACCAUUGAAGUUGAAGGUCGUUAUGCAUAUGGGUAUUUGUCUGGGGAGAAAGGAACACAUCGCAUAGUUCGUCAAUCCCCUUUCAAUGCCAAAGGCCUUCGUCAGACAAGCUUUUCUGGUGUUGAGGUCAUGCCUCUUCUUCCAGAGGAAUCUAUGGAUGUUGAAAUUCCUGAGGAGGACCUUGAAAUUAGCUUUUCAAGAGCAGGUGGAAAGGGAGGUCAGAAUGUGAACAAGGUUGAAACUGCAGUUCGGAUUACCCACAUCCCAACUGGUGUCACUGUUCGCUGCACAGUUGCAAGUUUUAACUUUAAACGAGGUUAUGCAGAGGAGAGGUCCCAACUGGCGAAUAAGAUCAAAGCUUUAAGCCGUUUGAAAGCCAAGUUGUUGGUUAUAGCUGUAGAGCAACGCGCAUCAGAAAUUAAGCAGAUUCGGGGGGACGCAGUGAAGGCUGAAUGGGGACAACAAAUACGGAACUAUGUAUUCCAUCCAUAUAAAUUAGUAAAAGAUGUAAGAACAGGGCAUGAAACGACAGAUAUCACCUCUGUUAUGGAUGGCGAGUUAGACCCCUUCAUCAAAUCUUACCUCAAACACAAGUACAGUAUGUCACUGUCUACAACUGGGGUUAACUAAUUAUAUCUUCGUUUGUAGUCACGGAAGAGGAGUUGCGGUUUGGUUGUUGUAUUAGACUUAGUUGGCUUUUGUAUCCCAUUCCAAUGCGAAAUUAAGUACACAAUGUCUUGUUUUGCAAGUCUUUUCCAUCUGUUGCUUUUUACUGCAUUAAUUGUUGAUGUUUUCUUAACUUGGUGUUGUAUAUAUUACAAGAAUAAUGCAACUUAGGAGCAGGAAAUAUCAAGUUCAAUGCACUUUUAAUAUGAGUGCAAUAUUUUGAAAAUA